UGUUUUCAAAGCGACCCCACCGCGCUCUUUAUGAACACGUGACUCCGUAGGCCGCGUGAUUGCGUCAGCUGUGUCAUAUGAUCAGGAAAUGGCCACACAGCGAUCAGCGUAAAAAUUAUGUAGACGCUGGCUGCGGUGUGAACAUCUUCUGAGCUGAAGAAGAUGCAGACAGGAGCAGUAGCACUGCUGGUUCUGUCUGUAUGGGCGUUCACGACAUAUUGUGAUGCCAGAGUGUCCCUGAGUGCUCCAGCCACUGUUGACCUGGUGGAGAAAGUCUCUAAAAAUAUCACCAUUACAGCAAGUUCUCCUCUAAAUGUUACUGUGUACAUCUACUUCAAUAUUACAUAUUUCUCAGCAAACAUCUCUUCAAUAAUUCAUCUUCCAGAAGAGGUUGUUUUGCCAGCAGAAAAUGUAUCGAGCUGUUUUGAAGUGCAAGCAAAAAGCGUUGGACAGGUCACUGCUUAUCUGUACAGCAACAACACUGAAAUCCAAAGCCUACAAACUCGAAUCAGAUUUUUAGUCAUCAGAAGCGAGAUUCUUUAUGUCAUCAACCAAAUCAUCGGAUGGAUCUACUUUCUGGCCUGGUCUAUUUCCUUCUAUCCGCAGGUGUAUGAAAACUGGAAAAGAAAAAGUGUGGUGGGCCUGAACUUUGAUUUUCUAUCACUCAACCUCACCGGAUUCAUCGCAUAUAGUGUCUUCAAUAUCGGCCUCUUUUGGAUACCUUACAUAAAGGAAGAAUUCUUGAAGAAAAAUCCAAAUGGAGUCAAUCCAGUGGAUGCCAAUGAUGUGUUUUUCAGUCUGCAUGCGGCAGUCCUUACUCUGAUCUAUAUCUUCCAGUGUGCAAUAUACGAGAGAGGCGGCCAAAAGGUGUCCAGGGUUGCAAUUUUUUUCCUGGUGGUCGCUUGGACAUUCGCUUUAGUCACACUUUUUGUUGCUGUUGCUCAGAAGAUCUCCUGGCUGACUUACCUGUACUACUUCUCCUACAUUAAACUGGGCAUAACACUGAUUAAGUAUAUCCCUCAGGCUUACAUGAACUAUCAGAGACAAAGCACAGAAGGGUGGAGCAUUGGCAACGUGCUACUGGAUUUAACAGGAGGCAGUUUCAGUGUGCUUCAGAUGUUCCUGCAGUCCUAUAACAACAACGAGUGGGAGCUCAUAUUUGGAGACCCAACGAAAUUCGGAUUGGGCAUCUUUUCAAUAUUUUUCGACAUCAUAUUUAUGAUACAGCACUACUGCCUUUACCGCAGUAAAGGUCCUGAAUAUCAGGUGCUGAAUGGUGAGUAAUAGGGAAGGACUUUUAAUUAUGAACAGUUCUGUUGCUGUUCAGGUAAAGGUGCCUUAAACUAGUAGGACCUUGGACCUACCUCACCAGAGAAUAAUGAUUUUUAUAAUGUUUUUAUAAUGACUUUAAUAUAGAUUUUAUAUGCAUAACGUUUCACACCAAAUCCUUUAAACACAGUUUAUAGAAAGCUUGAGAUAUACUGUCAGUAGGGCUUUUCACUAAAUGAUUGCUAAGAAGUAUAAUUGCACAUUUUGUUAUGCCUUUUUAAAAUAUUUAAAGUACCCCUGAAUUCAAAGAUAUGAUGUUUGAUGUUUAACUCCUAGUAGCUGUAUGAUUAGAAUUAUAAUUAAAUAUAAUUAAGUAUAAUUAAAUAUAAUUAAUAUUUAAUUUAAUUAUACAUUGGUGUUCUGGUUAAAUUUGAUAACACAGUGGCAUUUUUUCCCCUACAUAGUUGCAUGUAAAAAGUGAAUCAGGGAAUAUCACAGUUAGUGAUGUCAUAAUAAGCUCCACAGCUUUGGACCAAUCACGUCCCAGAUUCGAGGAUGACGUGCCUAGAAACUUAGGUGCUCGGCUAAAGCCAGUGGAAAAACAAAGUAGUUUUGAGUGUAUGUUCUGACAGGUUCUGCCUGCUGAUAAAUGACAGUGCAGAUCUAACCUCCUCAGGUCUACUAUAGCAGUUAGCUUGCAGGCUAGCUAACUUGCCUAAUGAUACUGAUGAUACUGAUGAUAAGAGAACAUUGAGCUGCCUCCAAAUUGUUUCCAAAUUAUUUGUAUGCUUUUGAAAUUCCACAUUCAGGAGUACUUUAAUAAUGAAAUGUAAAACAUGUAAUUCCAUUCAAGCCUUCUUUUUAUUAUUAUUAUUAUUAUUUGAAAUUAAUGUUAGCUUUCAUUAAGCAGUUAUUCAUUCAUGUUAUUUUCACUGUAUUCAUUCAUUUGUGUAAAAUAAAAAAGAAUUGUUUGCA